CGGGAAAGGUUUUUCCCUGCAUCCUGUGUGCACUCGCGAUAUUUGGGUUUAACCGUAAACUUAACCAUCAUCAUCGCGAGAGAGGAUCAUUCAGACAAGAAAGACCGAUGGCGAAAGUUGGAGGAGGUCUACGGACCAUUGGUGUGAUCACCAAGCUGGACCUGAUGGAUGAAGGGACAGAUGCACAAGACAUCCUGGAAAACAAACUACUGCUGCUCCACAGAGGUUACAUCGGGGUGGUGAACCGCAGUCAGAAGGACAUUGAUGGAAAGAAAGACAUCCGCGCUGCUUUGGCUGCUGAGAGGAAGUUCUUCCUGUCCCACCCGGGGUACAGGCACAUUGCAGAACGCAUGGGCACACCACACCUGCAGAAGACCCUCAAUCAGGUGAAUGCAGAAUUUAAGAGAAUCACAACAAUUAAUUUGCAAUCCAAGUUCUUCUCUUCGCUGGAUAUUCACUCUACAAGCCUGAUCGACGUGUAUACCAAGAAAGGUGGAGUUCAAGGGAAGAAGAUCAAAAGCAUCAUGCUUCCCAUAACCCAGACUGACAGCAUUGACGUGAGACGCGAAUGCAUCCUCAAAGGUCUUUGUGUAUACUUCAAUGAAGAUCCAGAGCUGGUGAAGGAAUACAUGAGCAUCGACAACAGCAGUCAAACGGCAAUGGCAGAGACGGUCUUCGGAAUAUUUGUCAUUCGACACGAAGGUGCAGAGCCUGGGUAUGACCCCGAGAACGUUGGGAUCAUUCUGGAGGGGCUCGAAGUGUUGGAUGAGUUGGGAAACGUAUCUUUUGCGGUGGCGAUGAUGUUUGCUCUCGUGUAUGCUCUAAACUUGAGCUACCCUCCAGAGCUGAAGUUUACAUUUGAAGCACUGCAGAAAAUAAUGAUGGAGCUAGAUGGAAACAGACUAUCCACAAAAGGACAAGUUCUCAAAACAUUGCUUUCCCGUGCCUAAUGUCGCUGUUUGGGAUCGCCUCAUCUUCCAAACACGCAGCCAUCAGAAAUUCGGUGACUCACCUCUUCGACAGAAAUGUUGAUUGUAUGCAAGAAGUAUAAAAGUAAGCAUUCAAAGUUGGCUGUAGCAUGGUUACGUGGACCUCACUGAGCAGAGGGCUGUGCGAGGAGGCAGAUGUUACCAUGUUGCCUUAUUUGGUCUACUGUUGAAAUUCAAGUUUGUUAUACUGUUCACCCUAAAGUUGAAACAUUUUAAUAUUUGGGAAGAAACUGUUUUUUCAAGCAUCUGUCAGUAUAAAGCUAUUUUGUGAAAUAUAUAUUCACUGUUAUAUUUAAUAUCUGUCAGUGUAAAGCAUUGUUUAUCUUUGCCUAUUUUGUGAAAUAUAUAUUCACUGUUAUAUUUAAUAACAGUGAAAGCCAGUCUGCUUGUUGGCUGAGAUGGUGUUCUUAAUGGGCUUUUUUUAUUGCAUGUUCUCUAAUCUGCAUACUUAGACUGACAGCAAUGACGUGAGACGCGAAUGCAUCCUCGUAUUAUAUUUCAUAUCAUAUUUGGGAAGAAACUUAAUUUUUUCAAGCAUCUGAAGCAUUGUUUCUCUUUGCCUAUUUUGUGAAAUACAAUUUUAUUUCAACAUGUUUGUGUUGCGUUUGUGUUAUGUUUCCACCCUUGAAGCUCACUAGACUGUAGACUGUUGACAUUUUGUUACUGUUCACUCUAAACGUUUUAAAUAUGUAAACAUUCAAAAGUUAUUCUUUGAAUGAACUUGAUUAAAUCAUGGACAGUA